ACCGUAGUGGCAACCAAAAAAGAAACGAGCUGCGUUUUUUCGCACAUAAAAAUCAAUCGGAAAUAAAUAAAACUUGCUACAAUUGCAUCUAAUAAAUAGCUAUAUAUGUAAAAGCUGAACAGCAGCCAAAGUUGUUGUCGCUGCUGCUGCGCUGUAGCCGUGCGAUCGAUCCUUGUUGGCUACGGGUCUUGCAUGCGUGCCCGUGCUCUGGUGGCCAACUAAAUAAUGUGGAACAUGAUGUGCGACGUGAUGCCCACAAUAUCGGAAGAUAGCAUAUCGCAGCGUUCCUCGCAGUUCAGCGGCGAAGAUGCCAACUUUGAGCAGCUCAUGGUGUCCAUGCUCGAUGAGCGGGACAAGCUUAUGGACAGCCUCCGUGAGGCACAGGAGCGGCUGGGCGAAACGGAGGUCAAGCUGCACGAUGUCGAAAAAGAACGCGACAGUCUGCAGCGCCAGAUCAAUGCCAAUUUGCCGCAGGAGUUUGCCACUCUGACCAAGGAGCUGACACAAGCGCGCGAAACGCUGCUGGAACGCGACGAGGAGAUUGGUGAACUCAAGGCUGAACGCAACAACACGCGGCUCCUACUUGAGCACUUGGAGUGUCUGGUUUCGCGACAUGAACGCUCGCUGCGGAUGACUGUCGUUAAGCGGCAGGCGGCGGCUCAGAGCGGUGUCUCCAGCGAGGUGGAGGUGCUCAAAGCGCUCAAGUCACUGUUCGAGCACCACAAGGCUCUGGACGAGAAAGUGCGCGAACGACUGCGGCUGUCCAUCGAGAAGAACAAUGUGCUCGAAGAGGAGCUGAACACAACCAAAGAGGAGCUGACCCAAUACAAAUCGGGCGCUUUGCCAGGCAUCGGCGUUAAUUCCGUAAGCAUUGCCAGCGGCGAAAAUGGCAUUAAAGAGAAGCUGGCAAGCGGCGGAGGUGGCGUCAACGGCGAUGCUAGCGAGCUCAACGAAUAUGCGGCCAAAACACACGAGCUACAAACGAUCAUCGAGAAGCAGACUUCUGAGCUCUCGCAAUGGCAGCGUCGCGUGUCCGAUCUGAACAACAAGAUCAGCGAGCUGGAGGAGAAUAUGUCUCGUGUGCAAAAGGAGCAUUCCAAAUCGCAGGAUCAGUGUUCGAAGCUGCAGCGUGAUCUGCGCGAAAAUGUGGCACAAAAGGAGGAUCAGGAAGAGCGUAUUACUACGCUCGAGAAGCGUUACUUGAAUGCACAACGUGAGUCGACAUCGUUGCAUGAUCUUAACGAGAAACUAGAGCAGGAACUGCGGCACAAGGAAGCACAAUUAAAGCUGCACGAAGAGAAAAUCAGCGCCAUCGAGGAGAAGCUCGAGCUCUCUGAGCAAAAACUAGCGCAACAUGCCAAACUGCAGCCGGACAUGGAGGAGCAGCUAAAGGCGCGCAUGGAGGCAUUGACUAAGGCUCAAGAACGUCACGGUUCGGCGGAGGAUCGCAUUCGGGGCCUGGAGACGAAUUUGGAUGAGAAGAGCGCCGAGGUGGUAAGACUGAACCAGCGACUCAAAAUGAAUGAAGAGCACAAUUUGCGCCUAUCCUCGACGGUUGAUAAACUGCUCUCCGAGUCCAAUGAGCGCUUGGAGGUGCAUCUGAAGGAGCGCAUGCGUGCGCUCGACGAGAAGAACGCUCUCACCCAGGAGCUGGAGAAGGCGCGUAAGGUGGCCGAGGAGCUGCAUCACGAGAAGAGCGAAAUAAUGAAGGAGCUCUCCAAGACACGCCUCGAAAUUGAGAAUUUCAAGCGUCAGCUGCUUCAGCAAGAGAUCGCCUAUAAUAUACAGCAAACGGAGGCACUCACCCGCAGUCUAUCGCCCAGCAGUGUUGUCGAUGGCGGCAAUGCGUUCACACGCAGCGCAUCUCAUGCCAGCUUUGAGACACAUUCGCUGCGGCGUCAGAGCAAGUCGCGUCUGUCCGAGGAGAACGCACUGGCCCGCUCAAUGGCCGAGCAGGAGUGGGAGAAGCUGCAAAUGCAGCAGGCGGCCCAGCAGCAGGCAUACGAGCUAGUUGCCAGCGUUGCUGAUUGCGAUGAUAGCGAUGUGCUGUAUGCGGCUGCCACGGCGGAUAUGAUGUCGCCGUCGGGGCAUACGGAUGCACAAACGCUGGCCAUGAUGCUGCAAGAGCAGCUGGAUGCCAUCAACAAUGAGAUACGCCUCAUCCAGGAGGAGAAACAAUCGACAGAAGCUCGCGCUGAGGAGCUGGAGUCGCGUGUCGGCAGUCUGGAGCAUGUGAAUCUAUUGGCGCGCGGCCGAUCCAUGGACAGACAGAGUCCGCCCAUGAGUGGGCGCAGUACGCCAAACAGUCCACAGCGCGAUUUCAUGCAGAAAUAUCAUACGCUUAACUUGCCCGUGCUGUCGAGUGAUGCAUCCCGCGAGGAGCUGCACGGCGGCAUGUCCACCACCGGUGAUUCCAGUUCGGGCGGCGCUGCUUCGCCAUUGACAGCCCGCUCGAUGCGCUUGGAGCGUGUUGCCCAAGCGCUGGCACACAGCCAGGAGGAGCUGCGACGCCGCACCAUGGCACCCGCCGUUGCACCCCAUGUGAAUACCCACAUGUCGCUGAGCAGUCACAGUUAUGGCCUGUCGCCGCUAAGCUCGCGUUAUGGCAGCCAAGAGUCGCUGCGUCACUACAACACCAUGGGAUCCAUGUCCAUGCUGCAGACGCCAACGUCGGGCGUGUCGAGGGAGGCGGCGGCCGCUGCAGCCGUGCAAAAGAAGAAGGGCAUUAAAUCGUCGCUGGGUCGGUUCUUUAGCAAAAAAGAGAAGGUCAAGGGCGUCAAGGAUACACUGCCAGAUGGUUCGCCCAGCAUGAUGUCCAUAGGCAAUCUGUCAAUUGGACUAAGUGAGGUCGAUUCCAAUUACGAUGUCAUGAGCAUGACGGGUGGCAUGAUGCCACGCAUUGCCAGCGCACAGGGCUCCAAGAUCAGCAGCGUUGACUACGGCAGGCAGAAGAAAGAACACGAUUAUCGCAACGAUCUGCUGGGCGAGGCCAUGAAAGCGGGCACGCCAUUCGCCCUGUGGAACGGACCCACCAUUGUCGCCUGGCUGGAGCUGUGGGUGGGCAUGCCGGCCUGGUAUGUAGCCGCCUGUCGCGCCAACGUCAAGUCUGGCGCAAUUAUGAGUGCGUUAAGCGAUACGGAAAUACAGCGGGAAAUAGGCAUUAGUAAUCCCUUACAUAGGCUUAAACUUCGGUUGGCUAUACAGGAAAUGGUUUCACUGACUUCCCCCUCAGCGCCACAAACAUCACGCACCACGCUGGCGUUUGGGGAUAUGAAUCACGAGUGGAUAGGCAACUAUUGGUUGCCUGGGCUGGGACUGCCGCAAUAUCGCACAACGUUCAUGGAGUGUCUAGUCGAUGCGCGCAUGCUGGAUCAUUUAACCAAGAAGGAUUUGCGCGGCCAACUGAAAAUGGUGGACAGCUUUCAUCGCACCAGCCUGCAGUAUGGCAUUUCAAUGCUCAAGCGCUUGAACUAUGAUCGCACUGAGCUCGAGCACAGGCGCAAGAUGAGCGAGAAUGGGCUCUGCGAUGUGCUGGUAUGGAGCAAUGAGCGUGUCAUACGCUGGGUCAGCAGCAUAGGGCUGAAGGAAUAUGCCAAUAACUUGCUCGAAUCAGGCGUGCAUGGUGGUCUGAUGGCGCUAGAUGAGGGCUUCGAUGCCACUGCGAUGGGUCUGGCACUGCAAAUACCCACACAAAAUGCCCAGGCACGCCAAAUACUCGAUACGGAGUUUAGAAACUUGCUGCAAAUUGCCACCGAUCGCAGGCCGGAUAGCGAACAGCGCAGCGCUUCCUGAUGUAGCUACAGUCCGCCCACAACAUCGGUGGAUGAGUGAACAAAUCUAAAAACUAAAACAAAAGCCGGCAACAGCAAAGCAUAGCGCCAAACUUCCUAAGCGCUGCGGAAGACAACUAAAUAUGGAUAUUUAUAAUGAAAGAAUGAUGCAAAAAAAAAACAAACAAACAAACAAACCGACAAACAAACAACUAAGCCACAAAAUUCUAACAAGAAAGACGCAACGCAAGAGACUCCCAGGCUCAGAAGAUAUACUGACUGGGCCCGAACCCCAGCAUGAUGCACGUCUAAUCUAUUUAUAUAAAUACACACAAACACCCACGCAUUCACACAUACACACAUAGACACACACACACACAGAUAGUCAUAUAAUCCAUAACAAGACAAUGUAUACAAGACAUAGCACAUACUCGACGUAGGAAAUACGGAAUACGGAAUACGAAAUACGUACAUACAAAGCGUGUAUGUAAGUAAUUUGCAUGAGCGCCCUGCAGCUGUAGGCAUGUACAAGUUUUAGAUGCUAAUCAUUUUUAUAAUUGUUUAACUUCUUAUAUUAAUACUUAUAUUUUUUUUAACAAUGUGACAUAUAUUAUUUAUGUUGUAGUAUAAUUGGGCUUGCAAUAGACUAACAGUAUUUUGUUUUAGCUGCAGAAUUUACAGAGAUGCGUGCUUCGAACCAAAUUCAUAACCAAACUUGAUUGUUAUAUAAUUUUUUAAUGACAUUAUGUACAGUUUAUUAUUUUGUUUAUCUCUAUGCUUUUUUUACACAAUCUAACAUAGUACGCUUUACAUAUGACAUUAUGAUAUGUUUUAGUUAACUUUUGUGUUGUUGGUCGUAAUGCAAGGCGCUCUGAUUGAGUUUAAUUCAACUGAAGAACAACAUGCACAACAAUCAGGCCUAUAUAGUAAACAGCUGCAUAUAUAUAUACAAUUUAUAUAAAUAUAUAUACACGCCUAGUUUAAUAUACUCACAUAUAAAGCUCACUUAUACAUACAUAUAUACAGCAAAAUAUAUAUAAAUGUAUAAUUAACAUUAUCAAGCAUACGUGUAACUAACAAGAAAGUAUUAUAGAGCAGAGUGAAGUGAAGUGAAAUCAUUGAAUGGAGUUGGAGGAAAAGUCACAAGCGCCCAUUUAUCAACUAUUUACAUAUUGAAAGUCGAAAUAGCGAAAAGCUUUAAAGGUAAACAAACCCUACAAGUCUACAUAGUACUUAGCCUUUGCUUUUUAUGAGUAAAAUAAAAACGUUAGGUAUGCUACAAGUUUAUAUUUAAAUAUUUUGCAUAAAACGUAAUUGGCAAAACUCGAAGCUCGAAUUGCAAACCCAAUACCUUGGCUUAAAAUUAUAAAUAUGAAAUAUUCACAAAGCAUAUCCAUUGUUUUUCAAAACAAAACCUCCCUUUAUUUUAUGUUGUUUAUUUAGUUUAUACAUACUUACAAAGACAAAGGAGGAAAAUAAGAGAAAUUAUUUUAUUUUUGGACUUUGUUCAUUCAUACUAAAAUAUACAACAAAAAAAAGAAAAAGAGAGAAAAAAACCACAAACACUAAGCAAAUACUUGUAAAGCUCUUAUGUACUUAUAUAAAUACAUACAUACAUACAUACAUGUACAUCAAAUAUGUUGAAAGCACACAAACUGCCUGUUUUGCUAACAUAUUAUUAGUUUUAUGCAAUGGGGUAUUAUAAUUAAGUUUUUAAUAAUUUGAACAAAAACCAAAACGACAACUAACGCUUUGUCUCUAAGUAUAUAUAAAACUUAAACAAAUAACUUCAUUUUCAACUGUAUUAGCAAAAUUAAAAACAUGUUCUUAAAAAAAAACCAACAGCUAUGACAAUACACUAAACGUCAACAGGAUACUACAUUUGACUAUAUGAAAUGAAAUCAUACAAUCCAAGAUAACUAAUAACUAAAAAGUAAAGUACAAUUCUAGUACUAUCUGCUAUUUAAGUAAAACAUUUUAGUAACAAUGAAGUGCUAGGUUUGUUAAUUUCUACUUAAUAAUCUUUACGCUCAUCAGAUGAAGAACUCUUGAAAUUGGAAAGCUCAUUUCAUUUUUUUUUGGUCACUUGAACGAUUUCUGUUGACGCUUAGCGUGUUUAAUAAUGUACGUAAUUGUAGCAUUAAAAAUCUAUAAAAAAAUUUAUAAAAUACUAACGGAAAAAUUAAGUUAAUUUGAAGAAUAAUAUUGGUUUAAUUGUUAACUUUUGUUGAAAAUACAUUUAAAAAAAAUACACUUUACUAAAGUAAAACUAAAUACAA